UCAAGUUUCUCCUCUCUCGAGCUUCGUGUCUCCGCACAUAAACUCAAAAUCAAAAUCAAAUCCAACUUAAAAUAUUCACCUGAAGUAGCUUCUUCAUUACUUCAGUAAGCUACAUACACUGAAGCCUCUGAGUACUUCUCACUGACGACACAAUGCCGGUGUUUUCAGUCUCCGUUAAGCAGGUGGUGCCGGUGGACUACGAGACUGAGGUUUCUCAGAGACUUCUGGAAGCCACGCUUUCCGGUGAUGUGCUAUCUGCAACGGAGUGCAUCGCCGAUCCGUACGUGGAUGUUAACUUUAUCGGCGCCGUUUGCUUGAAGACGAGGAAGACGGAGUUGUUGCUGCGUGAGGAAUCGGCGAGCGAAGUUCGCCUUGAGUUUGAGGAGUUUAAAACUGACGUUACAGCUCUGUUCUUAGCUGCUCAUAAUGGAAAUGUUUCUCUAGUGAAGAAGCUACUGAGUGCUGGAGCUGAUGUGAACCAGAAGCUCUUCAGGGGGUUCGCAACGACGGUAGCAGUGAGGGAGGGCCAUCUUGAGAUUCUGGAGAUCUUGCUCAAAGCUGGGGCUUCUCAGCCUGCUUGUGAAGAGGCCUUGUUAGAAGCAAGCUGCCAGGGUCGGGCAAAGCUUUCAGAGCUGCUCAUGGGCUCUGAUUUGAUUCGGCCCCACGUUGCUGUGCAUGCUCUUGUCAUGGCAUGCUGCAGGGGAUUUGUCGAUGUGGUGGUCACCAUCAUGAAGUGUGGAGUUGAUGUGAAUGCAACUGAUCGAUUUCUGCUACAGUCAUUUAAGCCUUCUCUUCACACAAAUGUAGACUGUACUCCACUUGUCGUUGCUGUUGUUAGUAGGCAGGUCUCUGUUGUCCGUUUAUUACUACAGGCUGGUGCACAAACAGAUAUUAAAGUAAGACUUGGAGCAUGGUCAUGGGACACCACUACUGGUGAAGAAUAUCGAGUUGGUGCUGGAUUAGCUGAACCCUAUGCGAUCACCUGGUGUGCAGUAGAGUAUUUUGAAGUUAGUGGUUCCAUCUUACGCAUGCUACUGCAAUAUAUCUCCCCUGAUAGUCCUCACUAUGGAAGAACCCUACUUCACCAUGCAAUCCUAUGUGACAAUGCAGGGGCAGUCAAUGUCCUGCUGAGCUGUGGUAUCAAUAUAGAAUGCCCUAUAAUAACAACCCCAGAAACUGAGUUCCGUCCUAUACACAUUGCUGCACGUUUUGGCUCAUCCACCAUUCUUCAAUCCCUGAUUGAUUUUGGUUGUGAUGUGAACUCUAAGACAAAAUCUGGUGACACAGCUCUUAUGAUCUGUGCAAAACACAAGCAAGAAGAGUGUCUUAAGGUUUUGGCCAAGGCUGGUGCUGAUUUUGGGUUAGUCAAUGUUGCUGGUCAGUCCACAAGUUCAAUUGCUGAGUCAAACCGGUGGUCCCUUGGUUUUCAACAAGUGGUAAUAGAUCUAAUUAAAGCUGGGAAAAUUCUAAAAUCAAGCAAUACAUCAGUCUUCUCUCCCCUGUUGUUUGUAGCCCAAUCUGGUGAUACUGAUGCCCUAAAAGCUCUCUUUCAAUGGGGAGAGGUUAAUCUUGAUUAUCAGGAUGAUAAUGGAUUUUCUGCUGUCAUGGUUGCUACCUUGAAUGGUCAUGUUGAAGUCUUUCGUCUAUUGGUAUUUGCUGGGGCUGAUGUUAAGCUACUCAACAAAUCUGGAAAAACUGCAAUUAUGCUUUCUGAGUUGAACCAGAACCGCGACCUUUUUGAGAAGGUGAUGCUUGAAUUUGAACUUGCAAAGGGUAACCGGUUUGCUGGGGGGUUCUAUGCUUUACAUUGUGCAGCACGUCGUGGGGACUUGAAUGCAGUCAGGUUGUUGACGAGUAGGGGUUAUGAUGUUAAUGUCCCUGAUGGUAAUGGCUAUACUCCACUCAUGUUAGCAGCAAAAGAAGGCCAUGGACCUAUGUGUGAACUGUUGAUUAGAAGUGGAGCCAUUUGUGAUAUUAAGAAUGCUAAAGGUGAAACAGCUCUCUCUCUUGCACGAAAGAUUACCAGUUCAAAAAAUGAUGCAGAACGAGUGAUUUUAGAUGAGCUUGCUCUCAAGACAGUGUUAAGUGGUGCCCAGGUACUUAAACACACCAAGGGAGGCAAAGGAACCCCACAUAGUAAAGAUAUAAGAAUGUUGGCGUCAGGAGAACUACGGUGGGGAAAUUCCAGGCGUAAAAAUGUGAUAUGCCAAUCAGCAGAAUUGGGGCCAAGCCCGUUGUUUAGGAGGAAUAGGCAGCAUAAAGGUGAUGCUGAACCAGGAGUGUUUCGAGUAGUGACCACCAAGAAUAAGGAGGUGCAUUUUGUGUGCAAGGGUGGGUUGGAAAUUGCUGAGCUGUGGGCGAGGGGAAUAAUGCUUGUGAAGAGGGACGUCGGUUGUGGUAAAUAGAGAAAAUGUGUCUGCGUUAGCGAUGUAUAGAAGUUUGGAGUACUUCGCCUUGAAGUACCAGGAACUGCUAGUUUGUCGUUGUAGAAGUGUUGAACCCUGUAGUUGUAAAUCUCUCUCUCUCUCUGUCUAAAGACUAUAAUUAAUAGUAGAUUAAUAUCCACAUGAAAUAAGAUCCUUAAAAAGCUCAA